AGCAGCUUUUAGCUUUUUAUCUACUACCUUCUUAGUAUUUCUUCGCUGUUGUUGUUUUCUUCUUGUUCCGAACAUGGUGUUGCUAGACAAGGGGCUCUCAACUGCCAUGAACACGAAAACAGUUGGCUCAGGCAGGGAAACCAUGUGGGACAAAAUCCUGCCCGACUUGGCUCAACACUUCCGGGUUGUUGUUUUCGACUGGAGCUUUUCCGGUGCUGUUGAGGAUCACACCCUCUUCAAUCCUCUCAAGUACUCUUCCUACGAUGCCUUUGCCAAUGACUUAAUCGCUCUCCUUGAUGAGAUGAACCUUCAAUCUUUGGUCUUUGUUGGGCACUCCAUGUCCGGUAUGAUUGGAUGCAUCGCUUCCAUCAAAAGACCCGAGCUUUUCAAGCAGCUCAUACUCAUCGGAGCUUCCCCAAGGUACAUAAACAUUGAUGAUUAUGAGGGGGGUUUUUCAAAAUCAGACAUUGAGCAGAUAAUCUCAAGCAUUGAAACCAAUUAUGAGAAUUGGGCUACAGGAUUUGCGUCUCUUGUGGUGGACCCAAAAGAUCCCCUCUCGGUUGAUAAGUUUGCAAAAUGCUUGAAAAGAAUGAGACCAGAAGUGGCACUGCCUUUGGCUAAAACUGUGUUUUACAGCGAUGAACGAGACAUUCUCGACAAGGUUGUCACCCCAUGCACUAUCAUUCAGAUCACCAAUGACAUCAUCGUCCCGAAUUCUGUUCCAUCCUACAUGCAGAAGAAAAUCAAGGGAAAAUCGACUGUGGAGAACAUCGACGCCGACGGCCAUUUUCCACAGCUCACUGCUCACCUCCGCCUCCUUGAUGUGCUACGGAGUGUCCUGGGCUUCGAUAUUUGUCAUACUCAAGAGCAUGUAUAAGCUAAUUAUGUCUAUGUCUAUGUUUUGGACGGUGAUUCACGGUAGUUAUCUGUAUGAAUUGUUAGUAUUUGAAAACGUAAUGUGAGAAACUUUAUAUGGAAUUUACCGCUCAAAUAAAUUUAUCUCUCACAUUAUAUGCUCAAGUUGCUAACAAUUUAGACUGUGAAUCGUUAUCCUAGGUUUCUCGCAUAGUGUGAUAACAAAUAAAUGCCCAUAUGGAUAUGGAUAACUUCAUGGGAUAGGAGACGUAGGAGAUGUAGGAGAUGGUUUGGCCUUGAAUGGUGUGUUUGUCUUUAUUAGAGUUUGAGUUGUUGGUAUUUAAAGCUUUGUGAAUUACUUUAUCUUGGUCUUUUUGUCUUCUUGAGCGAUGUGUUGCUUGUAAACAAACUGGUGGAAAGAAAUUGCUUCAUGUCUCUGGGUC